AUGAACUAUAUCUUUGGAAAAGUUGAACAUUCGCUCGUAUACUUGAUUUUCUUUCCUCAACCCUUUGGCAAAACAAUUACAACAACAAUCUGCGCGACAUCCGCACCAGUUUCCUACAUGAAUAAUCAUAGUACAAACCACAAUACGAACACAGCAACCAUGGAGGCUAAGAGCUCUACUCUAGAGACAACCACUUCCCGCCCGCCCCCGACUCCGCUCCACCUUGAAGAGUAUUUCGAAGAUAUUUACACGACUUGGUACCGUGGAGCAGGCAUAGUCCCUGCGGCACUUCAUCACCUCUUCGUCAAGAGUCUGAAGUUCUGGGGCCCGCACAUGACAGCCUACGAGCGCUGGCACAAUGGAACUCCUGGCGACACGCCUCUUACAGAGGCCCAAAAUGAGUUCUUCGAGAAGGUGUAUACGAGAUAUUCCAACGGGCCAUGGUUCGAUGUCUGGACAGUCGACUGUACCAACUUCCUGAGUGACUCUUCCAUGCUGCACGAGCUCGACCUUGAGCAGCGCCUAGUCAACACGCGGUACGCUUGGGAGCCGGAAAUGGAUAUCUUGCUUGGAGCCGACAAGGGCGGCACCAAGUACCGUCUUGCGCCCAGCGACAUUGAGUGCGAACGCUUCGAAGCCAGCAACUUCAACCGUCUCUGGUACCUUGAGAUGCGCACGAGCAGGCCUCCUGCGCGCACCUAUAUUGGCCCACUCACUGAGGCUGAGGCUAUUGCGCAGAAUACUGGCCCCGUGUUUAAGGUCCGCAUCCUUGGGCUUGUCGAGACAUUGCCACUUGCCCCUGAGUUCGACAGCCAGCAAAAUCCCAAGUCGCAACCGACUACUUACUGCCUCGCAGGACAGAUCAACGAUGACACUGGCUACAUCGACAGCUUCUGGUUCGUCUCAGUCGAGAUGCUGUACGAAAAGAAGGGAAACUGGUCAGUCUUGCGGCGGCCUUUGGGCUACCUGCCCACCACAGCCGGGAUCACCAAGCCGUUCAUGGCCGCCAAACUCGCAGGCAUCUCAAAUCUCAGCUACUGCACUGAGAACACUGACUUGGACUGGAAGGAGAACGAGACCCCCUACAAGGGCCAGCAGAACCGGUUCCGCAAGAGGGGCCGGUCUCACAAACGCCAAGCCGUGGAGCCCGUCUUCACUGUGGACCCGCAGCGCGAAUACGUCCUUAGUGUGAACCCGGUCUUGGAGCUGGUUGAUCGGAUGGAGUACAUUGAGCUUGCUCCGGUCAGCUUUCAGCAGUCAAGAUACAGCUUCCCGGAACCAUGUUACUUGAAGAGUGAUGAGUCUGAGGACGAUAAGCAUCCUGUUGACAUUGAAUCGCUGCUGUACGACGAUCUCUCUGAAGUUGAUGGGAAGAGCCAGAACGAUACUGAAGUUGACUAG